AUGGUGUCCAGUGGAGAUUUACGAACACCUCAGUUCAACGGUGUAAACUAUGACUUUUGGGCAUUAAAGAUGGAGACAAUCCUCAUAGCAUUUGAUCUAUGGGAUGUAGUUGAGUUUGGCAUGAAAUCAGGUUCAAGUGUGAAAGAAGAAGAAUCUAAGAAAGAAGAUAAGAAGAAUGAUGAAACCGAGAGCAAAGAUGGUGAAACUAAGAGCAGCAUAGCUGAAGAAGCUGUUUUCAGAGAAAACAAAAUAAGAAAUGCCAAGGCAUUGAGCCUCAUCCAAGGAGCCUUGACUGAUGAACUUUUUCCUAGAAUAAGGAAUGAGAAUACUGCACAAGGAGCAUGGAAUGUGCUGAAAAAAGAGUAUAGAGGUGAUAAGAAAGUGAGGUCUGUGAAAUUGCAAGCUGUGAGGGCAGAGUUUGAAUACAUGAGAAUGUCAGAAGGAGAAGGCUUAGAACACUAUCUUUCUAAGUUUUUUGAAGCUAUAAACAGUCUGAAAUCUCUAGGAGAAGAUGUACAUGAGAUUAGGAUUGUGCAGAAGCUCUUAAUGAGUUUAAAUAGGAGAUACAAGUCCAUUGUCUCUAUCAUUAAAGAGACAAGGGACCUUGAUGUGCUGAAGGUGGAAGAAGUUAUAGCCUCUGUCAAAGUAUUUGACAAGAGGGAAGACCUGCAUGAUGAACAAGAUAAGAUUACAAGGACUGAAAAGGCAUUUAGUAGUCUCAAAAUGGGCUAUAAUCAUGCUGCAAACAAGGCUAUGCAGGGGAGAUCUAGUCCAAGAUGGCAGGGACAUGAUCAAAGGCAUGUGGGCUGGUCUCAAGGAAGAAAUGUGAAUAAUCAUCACAAUUUCAGUCACAACACAAACUGGAAUAACAGAACUGGAAGUAGCAGCAGCAGUUCACAACACAGAGGUGGAGGUAAUCAAACAAACACAAAGCCUCAAUGUUCUGUAUGUCAAAAAUUUCAUUUCGGAAUAUGUAGAUAUAAGGGGAAGCCUAAGUGUGGGAAAUGCAGUCGGUUUGGACAUUAUUCCAAAGACUGUGACAGCAACAAGCAGCUAGCUAAUAGUGCAAAGGAGGAAGAUGUGUGCACAAGCACUAUGUUUUAUGCAUGUCAUGCUGCCAGCAUAAAGAAUGAAGAUGUGUGGUUCAUUGAUAAUGCAUGUAGUAAUCAUAUGACCUCUCAAGAGGAGAAUUUAAUUGAUGUUGAUAGAAGUAUCACUUGCAAGGUGAAAAUGGGUUCAGGAGAUUUGGUUCAAUCCACUAGAAAAGGAACAUUAGUUGUUGAAACCAAAAAGGGCAGAAGAUACAUAAAUGAGGUGCUGCUAGUCCCAGGUUUGGAUGAGAAUCUACUUAGUGUAGGUCAAAUGAUGGAACAUGGUUACUACAUCUUGUUUGGGGGCAAUAAGGCAGUAAUAUUUGAUGAUGAGAAACUAGAGAAUGUGCUUGUAAAAAAGGCUUGGCCAUUUAAAUUUUGCAAGUAUGAAGAAGAUGAAACAGGAAGAGAUUGUGUAUGGCUUACCUGUGAUAGCAGAUUCAAGGAAUGUGUGUGA